AUGGCCAUCCGUAAGGCUUUCACUAGCCUAUCUGCCGCCGGCCUUCAACAAAUUCCAUACAGAGUCAGCAAACGGCAAUAUCAAGACUCCCAGAAUGCAGAUGUCAAGCGGUACACCCAACAGCAUUCUAUUAUACAACAACCAGAGGAGCAUAUGCUUUCUAGUCUGGCCAAAAUCCAGUCUUUUGCCUACAAUGGAAACCAUCAUAUAGAUGCCGAUGUCUCUCAGCCUACUAAUUCCAGCACUAAUAAAUACUCCGUUCCAAAUCAGAGCUGUUAUACCCAACCCGCAAUCAGGCAUACUGAAGUGAUCGAUCAACCUUCUGAAUAUAUUAUUGAUAAUGAUUUCCAGCCUGCCGACGUUGAAAAUCACACUACAUCUAGCGUGCCUGAUCUUGAACAAACAGCUAUUUUUUCACAGGAGUUUGUCGAAGAGGAGCCGGUUCAUUCACACGUUGAUUUUUCGGGACCUGGCUACGUAACACCUAAUUUCUCAUCUCAAAGUACCAGAAUUGACUCUAGUGGAGAAAUUCUACCAAAUUCGACUGGUUAUACUGAUUUUCCAACUACGCAAGAUGAUGAAUUUUAUGAGGAUAUCAGCGAUGCAGAUUUCGCUGCCAUCGUUGACGAAAGUAGUCAGUUCAAUAACUUAAAUACAAGCUCUCAUAUAGUUCCUAUCAUGAGCGAACUCCCAACCCCUGAAAAUAUGGAUCAAUUAAUGAGCGACGACUCUUUCAUUUCUUCUCUGCAAGCGCCAACACAAGAAUAUACAACGCUUACGUCUCCCAAAUUUUCUCCCAAAAGUCCACAAUUCUCGAACCCGUCUGACGGUAUGAACUUUGUGUCAGCCAGUGAAGCCCCAGAGUACACGUUCAGAAAGUUCAAGGCUCAUGUACACACGCCACGCCAUACCUUUACCAAGCUUCCAGUGCCAGGGCUGAGUUUAGGGGCUACAACAGUUCAAACACAUUUCUGUGUUGAUGAAGUAUCGCAAAUGGGGCUUCGAGAUUCACAGAAAGAGACUAAUCUCGUCAAAUCAACGGUUAAAUUAAUCGAACUCUAUGCUUUUGUUCAAGGAUCUUAUCGGCUCCGUGACCGCCAGUAUUUCUGCUUCGCAGAUUUAUUUUCUCCCUUACAUACUCCCUACCUGUCAGGGGUAUGGGAAGGCUGGGCUGGAAACGCUGUUUUUGAACAAUGUGGCCAGGAGUUUCUAGGGGCUGGAGGGAGGGAAUGGAGUUUCCAGGGAUAUGAGCGAAAAAUAUGCCGGGUGAUAGGGACCAUAAGCCCCCAUUCUGAUGCCGACAGAUACGUUUUCUCAAAUCAAAUGUCCAAGCAAUCACCACCUUCGGUGCAGACCUCAGCACUAUUGAUUAUCAAAAGCAUCGAGAAUGUCGAGUGGUUUGACCUAGAGCGUAUGAGGCGCAUCCUUGAGACAUAA